AUGAGACAAGAAACACAAACGUCUUUCAAAAACAUCGAAAUUCAGAUGGCUCAUUUGAUUAAAUUGGUAACUGAGAGACCUUCGGGAUCACUACCGAGCACGACAGAGAAUAAUCAGAGAGAGAGGGCAAACUCUAUAUCAAUUCAUCCAGAGUCUGAACCAAAUAUUAUCACCAUGGAGAGGGAAACAUCUGUCAAGGGCAAAGUAAUGAUGAAAUAUGAUGAUGCGAAGGACACAAAGACUAAAGCCAGGGUAGUAACAUCUCGUUACCGUCCACAAACCACUAACCGAACGAUAAAUCUGGCAGAAAUGGAGCAAAGAGAUAAAUUCAAUGCUUUACUCAGGAAACUGUAUAUCAAUAUGCCUCUUCCACACACACUAAAGGAUCUACCCAGAUCAAAGGAACCGGUCGUCCAAAAGAAGGAGAUUCACAAUGAAUCCCAUGCCCACAUGAGCGUGGUGUGUUCCGACGUCCUUGAAAAGGGGUGCCACAGAAAGAAUGGUGGCCCUGGUUUGUUUGUUGUGUCUUGUGUGAUUAACAACUACGUUUUCAAGAACGCGCUAGCUGAUCUAGGAGCCUCAGCCAAUGUGAUGCCUUCGUGUAUUGCAGACAAGUUAAAAAUGCAUGGAAUGACACUGACCCGCAUGACCAUCCAGCUUGCCGAUGGGACCACACGGUACCCAUUGGGCAUCAUGGAGGAUGUGCUGGUUAAAAUUGAAAAUUCUAUUAUUCUUAUGGAUUUCGUAGUAUUGAAUGUAGGACCAGAGCUAAAAGAGGUACCAUUGAUCUUCGAAAGAUCGUUUUUGCCCGAACAAUAA